GCAGAGCACCGCAGAGAGAGAGAGAAACCAUGUCCAGAUAUAUACCUCCACCUCCUCCCAAGCCACACCUUCUUGGAGACCUCACUUGCUCAGCUGCACCAACGCAAGCCAAGCCACCCAACCAGCCAACCAAAGCUGCUUUUGAGCUGUUGAGCAGUUGAGCUACCUAGGUACAGUCACACAGUCGCUUCGCCAUGGGCAACUGCGUCCAGAGUAGCCAAGGCCACGGCACCGGAGAAGGCCGCCUGGUGCUACCGCAGAGGAGGAGGAGAACAAGCGGCGGCGAGGAGGAGGAAGACCAAGGGGCGGCGUCGCCGUCGGUGGUGAAGGUGAAGAUGGUGCUGACCAAGGGCGAGCUGGGGUGGCUGAUGGCGCGGCUCAAGGCCGGCGACCGCCGCCUCGAGGACGUGCUCCACGAGAUGGCGCGCAAGCGCGAGGGCCGGGCCGACGGGUGGCGGCCCAGCCUCGAGAGCAUCGUCGAGUGCCCGGCCGAGACAGCUGCUGCCGGCCUCGCCGCCAGCUCCGACAACUAAUCGGUCGCCACCCGUUCUAAUCUCCUUGUGGAGGGUGCAAAAUCUGUAGGACAAAGCAAAAUAUAGAAUAACUGAAUAGUGAUUAUUAGCCGCCGUGCAUGGCAGUGUUGGGGUGCUUAUUAGGGAUAAUCUAGAUAAUCAGCGUCCAUCUGCCUAGAUCAUGACCCAUGUAAACUGGCAUUUGCGAUAACUCUUUGUCGUGUAAAGUACCAUCUUCCUA